CGAAGCUCCGGAGAGGAGACCGUUAACACACGGGGAGGGGAUGCGCACGCAGUACCUACACCUCCGUGGCUCGCGCUCAUCAGCCGCGUUAGUAUCGCGGGGCAUCUGACCGACCGGCCGCGCAGUAAACCUACAGGACCCGCUCGCAGCGGGGGGAACACGAUCAACAUGAAUCGCUCUCCGGACAGCUGGACUUGAGAAAUCGCCGAAACUGUCCCUCGUAGUACACCCAGAAUUUCCUCCACUUUUAUCACCUGGAAUUGCUUCAGCACCAGAACUCAUCAUGCUGUGGAAAACGGGACUGAUUUUUCUGUGCUGGGGCUUGACGUCCGGAGAACUCCAGGACAGGCAGUCCGGUACUCCUGCUGCUCCAGCGCGGACAACUUUGGAUUUCGGCUUCGUCCCCUCCGGAGUUUACGAUACUGUCGCCUAUUACGAGCCUGGGGCCAUUGGGAUUUUAUUUAACAUGAUGCACGCUUUCCUCUAUGUGGUUCAGCCCAACCCGUUUCCCGAAGAUCUCGUCAUUAGAGUGGCAAAGGAUAAAUUCGGAGCCAUACAGUCCGAGUACCAGAAGCCAGAAAACAUUGUUCUGACGCUACAGGUGAUUUAUUAUGAGCUUGGUUUUGUGGUGUGUGCGGCACUGGGCCUGCUGUUCACCGUGCUGCUACCGCUGGUGGGGCUUCUCUUUUGUUUGUGCCGCUGCUGUGAUAACUGCGGAGGAGAGAUGCAUCAGAGACAGAGGAAGAACGCAGACUGCCUUAGAGGACUGCUGACCACACUGUUACUCACCACCACCUUCAUUAUCACGGCAGGUGUCCUUUGUGCAUAUGCAGCCAAUCAGAACCUGAGCUCUCAGCUGAAGAGCAUGAGGAGGCUGGUGAAGAGUAACCUGAAAGACCUGCACACCUUCGCCAAUCAGACCCCUGCACAAAUUGAUUACCUGAUCUCCAAGUAUGACACCGUGAAGCACUAUGUGCUGCAUGACCUGGAGAAUGUAGGUGCGAUCUUGGGUGGAAGGAUACAUGAGGAGUUGGGAAAAGACGUGCAGCCCGCCCUCAAUGCGGCUCUAAGCAUGACUGGAACAAUGCGAGACACUAAGGAUGCUCUAGAGAAUGUGAGUUUGACCUUGGAGACUUUGCAGGAAGGAACAAUCAAACUGCAGGGGAACCUCAGCCUGGUGCGGGGCAGCCUUAGCAACGCCCUCAACGAUCCUGUCUGCACAGAUGUACGAUCAUCGGAGAUUUGUCGCAACAUACGUAGCACCCUCCCCAAGCUAGAAAUUGCAGCCAACUACUCAUCGUUGUCUGAUGUGACCAACCAGUUAGACAAAGUGAAUGAAGUUUUAAAGACUAAUCUUGGGCAGAUUGUGGAAAAGGUGCUCUCCAAACGCAUCGAGCAUCAUAGGUGA